ACAAAAAUUCUUGGGCUCGCUGUGUUAGGGGCGCGAGGGUGAAGGUGUAGCUUGGGAUGUUCCGGUGUCGCGGGCAUUUCUCAUCCAGGGCUCCCAGCCCGUGCCGUCUGCAGGGCCCUCGCACUCUGCCCUUGCCCUGCUGGUGCGUCCCUGCUCGCCCAGCCCGCAGACAGGAUCUCCACUGACGUGACUGCACCGCGGCCUGGUGAACAUCUCCGAGGCAGCACCAGCUUUUUAGCGUUGAUUUUGGGUCCCUGGUGCCUGGGUGGUGUGGUGGGUCACAGAGCUGCUGUGAUGAAAAAGUAACUAACCAGAGAGCAAGUUUAUCUUUAAUGGGAGAUGGGUGUCUAAGCCGACUCACUGUGCAGAAUUGUAGCAGAGAGGAUGGUGCAGCAGUGGGAAUAAGGAGAAGGAAUUAGUUUUUCCACUGAUGGAAGAGGUAGAUAUCAAACCACACUCCAAAGCAGCAUGAAGAGAGGAUUUUUGAGUGCUCUCCAGAAUUACUCCUUCCAGGAAAACGGCUGGGGGGCAUACCUUGCUGAGAGACUGGUCAGAAAAUGUGAUGUUGUGAAUCGCGGGAUCUCGGGGUACAACACCAGAUGGGCUAAAUUGGUUCUUCCAAGACUGAUCAAUGAAAGUACUAGUGCUGACAGUAUUGUUGCAGUUACCAUUUUCUUUGGAGCUAAUGACAGUGCUUUGAAAGAGCUGAACCCUAAGCAACAUGUUCCUUUGGAGGAGUAUGCUGCCAACCUGAAGAGCAUGGUGCAGUACCUGAAGUCAGUAGACAUUACUGCAGACAGGAUUAUUUUGAUAACACCACCACCUCUUCAGGAAUCAGCUUGGGAAAAGGCAUGUCUUGCCAAAGGUGACAAACUGAACCGCUGCAAUGCCACCACCGGGCAGUACGCCCAGGCCUGUGUCCAGGUCGCCAGGGAAUGCGGCACGGACGUGCUCGACCUCUGGACCCUGAUGCAGAAGAAUCAGGAUUUCUCUUCCUAUUUGUCUGAUGGUCUUCAUCUGUCGACAAAAGGCAACAGCUUUGUAGCAGCUCAGCUUUGGUCACGCCUGGAAAACAAACUGUCUGCUCUUCCUUCACUGCUUCCUUAUUGGCGUGAUGUGGACCACACAAACCCCGAGGCCAGUCUUCUGUGACAUCCCUGCAGGGAGUAGCCGGGGCAGCCACCCAGACAGAGCCAGCCCAUUAUCCAGCAGCAUGCUGCAAACUGUGUCCUCAGGGAACAUGGCACUGGGCAGUCCCCAGCAGUGCUCUUCUCUGUCCCCUUCUCUUGGUCUGUGGGAGAAUAAAGGUGAGACCACUUAGGGUGUGUCCUGGGGUGGUUUUUCUUCAUGCUGCUGUUGCCAGGAUAGCUGUGGGAAUGAGUAGCUCUUUCCUUGGAGGACUCAGAGGAAAAUGAGUCUCAGCUGCUCUGUGGCCAAGAGACAAGAGGCUGCCCUGAGCAGUUCCUGGCUUUGCUGAGCUGUGGGGACUGCACUAAUACCAUCUUGCUUUAAACACAGAGGAGCUCAUAAGAGACAGUAGUGUGGAGUUUGUCAAGAGCCAUUAGUGUCAGUCCAAAUUAAUUUAUUUGGAUGUAAUACAGUAGGAACAGCAGUUCCCUAAGUUUUGCUUUGGCAGUGAAAGAGAGUAGUUUAGAGCAGGGCUUUUAAAAUUUAACUUACUCUGGCACCAGCAGCAGCUUCUUUAUACCCAACUCUUCUGUAUAGGCACAGGUUUCAGACCAGUGCAUGUUUUUGGGCAUGGUGAUACACGAGCUUGGAGAAACUACUAGAAGAGAUCUGCAUCUCUGCUGAUAAAGCUAUACCGUAUGUCAUUUGCCAUGAAGUUAAGAAGACCUUUCAAAUGAGUUGUUAAAAUAAUUUUAUAACUCAUGUAAGUACUGCAGACUAUGCAGGUUUUGGCCAAGAGAACACAAACUACAAAACUGCCUUUACAAACCAAAAAAAGCACUGCCUGCAACCUAGAUGAAAUUCAACAAGUAUGGAAAAAAUGGUUUGGGAAAUGAUUGUCUAGCAAGCCAGAUAGCAGCAAAAAUGAGGAUACAACUAACCAAGCAUAAAAACCAAAUAGUGUUAUCACUGCAGAUAUAAGCCCUCCAUAAUUCUGGGCUGUAUUAACAAUUAUGUUGAUAUGGAACAGCUGUGUUUAUUAUGUAGGGGGUGAGAGAAUAAUGGGAGGCUCUCAUGCUGUCCUGCACUGUUAGUCCCAUUAGACUGCCUUUGCUUCUUGAAAUAAUUAAGGAAUCUACUUACUGUCAUCUGCUGUGUAACAGUGUUAUAAACUGGAGCCUAAGUCGUUAUUUUUCCAUUUUCUGUGCCUGGAGCCAAAGCAGAAGUGAGUUUGAUGUAUAAAUAUUUAUGAGUAUUAAACUGGACUAUCCUUUCUGUAAUAAAUGCUUACAGUAAAGACUGGCUGAACAGCAAAACGGGGUCCCAGUGGGAAACUGUGGAUCUUCCUGCCUUAGAUGUUAUGAACAAACCAUGCAAGUACUGCUUUCAGCUUCUGGAAUACAGCUCAGGCUUGGGGGAUAGAUUCAUUGAUUUCCAAGGCCUGCUCCAAAUCUCCAUUUUCAUGCUCCCAAGAAUGUGCCACUGCAUGGUAUUCACCUGGUAUGUAAAAACCUUUGUGCUGAGAACGUGUACUCACAGAUUUGGUAUCUGAACAGGCAUUUGAGCACACCCCCCUCCCUUAGGCAUUAAUGUCAUCAUCUGAACUGAGGAGAAUCUGCAGAACACAUGGCAAUACCAGCUCCAGCUUGGGCAGGAAGCAGGCAGCCCUCACGGUGCAGGUCAGCACUAUCAAUAGCCCAGGUCUGGCUUCUGCAGCAUCUGAGCUCAGCAAGGAGCAGUAGGAAGUCCUGGCUCCUGCCUGGCUGCAUGGCAGACUUUUAACCCAGGCUUUGACAACCAAAGCAUGGAGAUCUUUUAGAAAAGGACUGCAUAGAAACAGCUCUUGUUUAAGUGAUUUUUUUUUUUUUAAUAUAAAAAGCUUUUACUUCGUUGGGAAUUAAAUUAACUCCUCACACAUGUACGUUGCACUGAAUCAAAAAAAGAAAACCUGAACAAAAAACAAACAACCCCAAACAAAGUUCAAAACCAGCAUAUAAAACCUAAUAGCUAGUCAGAUAGGAAUACCAUAAGGCACACGUUCAAGUACAAGUGUAACAAGUAUCCUUGGGUGUGGAGGAGAGGGAACACUCACACAACUUUACAGCACAGGUUCAGUUCCUUUCUCUCACAUUUAAAACACGGGCUCUCCACAGCUGUUUCCCUGUGGCUGAGUCCAGGCUUGUAACAGGUAAAUGGUUCUGCCCUUGGCCACAUUUAUCAAUAGGUUAUUGUGGGAGAAAACAGCUGCAGAAUGAAGGUGCUGCUGUACUACCAGGACAGUUGCUUUAUGACUCCACUAUGUCAGUUCAUCUGCUACUAAGCUAAAACAAUGCUCAUGUACCAUUCCCAGCUCACCUGACAGAUCUCCAGGUGUACAGAAGACACCAUCCAAUUACCAGUUUUUAACAUCACAUUUUACUACACAUGUGAGAAUCUGUAUUCACAAAAUCUCCUCCUUAUUCUUACCCUGCAAGUUUUAACAAAGGUUUAUUUCUUUACUAAAUUCACAACUGUUUUUAAACAAAUGCCUCCCCUGCAAUGGCAUGAUGUUUUCUCAUCGUUCAUGCAGUAGGAGCCUCCAAAGGCCACAGAGACCAUGGAAAUCUGAGCUCAUCAAUUUCAACAUUUCAACAAUAGUGUUGCCUAUUUUAAAAUUUGGAGAAACAUUUCUGCACCAAAACUGCUGUAAACAGCAGUUUAAAAUGUCAUCUGCAUAACUGAUUUCUUCCUUUACACUUUCUCCAACCAGACACCUGCAACACACAAACCUUAGUGCAGAGUGGGAAGCUCCCAACAAAAGACACCAA